AUGUUUUGUAAAGUAUGCGGUGUUGUUGACGAGCAUUACAAUGAAAAUGCUGAUGUUCACCACGAUGCUACACCGAAACACCAAUGUAACUUGAUUUUGUUGAACUACAAAAUGAACAAGAGACACUUUUCUGGAAAUAGAGAUGGGAUGAUAAUAAUGUGCCGAGCCACGAAGGAACCUUUUAAUGCUGCUACAGAAACAAACAUAGAAAGCAUAGGAAAACAUAAAAUUAGAAUUGAUGUGAAACCAAACCAGGAAGCAAAGUUUAGCUUCAGUGUGUCUAAUAUUAUGAAUAAUGAUGAUAUAUUAGUUGUUGGUAUACAACUAGCGCAUCCUCAACCUCAGUUUAAAAUGAACGAUCAUCCAUAUCAGUUUGGUGGAGAUCCUAUAGUUCUUGAAAAAAAAUCUUCGAUUAAAGAAAAAAUUACCAUCACCUUUAAGUCAGAUGACAUUGGCCAUUUUGAAAUGCCGAUUAUGUUUACAUUUGUUAAACAAAGCAAAGAAACCCAAGUUGAGAAAAAUCUAAUUAUUAUAAGAGAAAUGGUUGUUUUUGUGCAAGAACAUGAAGUGUCAUUCACCACAAAUAAAAGUCUUUACGACAGUGAACCAUGGGUAGGGGUGGAGCAUAACAUACCAUCACUUUUUCAUAUGCCACAUGAAACAGCAUUUAAAAUACCAAAGCUUCUAAAGAUUCUUCUUCCAAGAGGCCUCGAAGAGAAAGCUUUAGAAGGUUUGCAGGUGCCAGUGGGUGUGGAAUUAGACCAAAUUCGGUUAUGUUUGAUUGGUACGAGGGCUAUAUUCAAUGAAGGUCCAACAAAAAAUAAUUACAUGAAAUAUUUCCACCAUUUACUUUGGUGGGAAGAAAUCAUCGCGAGAAUAAAUUUAAGGAAAUAUAAUAUGAAGAGAGUGUAUCUCAAACUAAACGGCGAACUUUUAGAAAUGGAGGUACCAGGAUUGGCUGAAAAGAGGCCCUCUUUGCUGAGAGGUGAUUACGUUUAUUUGAGGUCCCAAAACAACCCCGAGUCGGUGUUCGAAACUACCAUUAAAGAUAUAGAAGAUUGUUCUAUCCAAUUGGCCAAUGUUGAUGAGUCGUUCUGGGAAUUCUAUGGAGAGGAUGUUCCUUUCAACGUCCGCUUCAUCAUGUCCCGUGUUCCAGUGGAACGUGCUCACGAGGCUGUGUCUCGUGUUUUUGAAAGGAAGCAAGACUGCCGAGUCUUCCCUGAGGCUCCAGCCCGGAAGAAACCCGUCACAACAAUAACUAAAUUCUAUAACGAACUUAUAUAUAAGAACGAAGAACAGAAGUCGGCUGUGGAGCAUAUUGUAUCAGGGACUUGUGGUUUGGCGCCCUACAUCGUAUUUGGACCUCCCGGAACGGGAAAAACUAUGACCAUUGUGGAAGCGAUCGUUCAGAUCGUAGCACGCAAUCCAAAGUACCGUGUUAUGGUGUGCACUGAUUCCAAUAUGGCCGCCGACCACAUUGCUUUGAUGCUGUUAAAAUAUAACAAAAUGCUUAAUAUCAGUAACUUUCUCCUUCGGGCCAGCUCGCAGUCUAGAGAAUGGAGCGUUUUACCUUCAGGGUUGGCUUCUGUCUCCAACGGUACGAGUUACAGUACCUUCCGUUCCGUAAACAACGCGGAGGUUUCCAAGUAUAGGAUCUUCGUCACCACACUAUCGCAUGCGGCUAAAUAUGGAUCGAAUCGAAGCCAGUCUGCUUAUAAGCUGCAGAUGUCACACCUGUUCAUCGACGAGGCGGCUCAAGCUACUGAACCGGCGACCUUAAUUCCAGUAUGCGGUCUGUUAUCACCAAACGGUCUGCUAGUACUGGCAGGAGAUCCACAACAGUUAGGACCCGUGUGCUUAUCCAAAGAAGCCCGCGACAGAGGCCUAGGUCAGUCGCUGUUGGAACGCCUUCAUAAGACUUACGAGAAUCUAUACUCAGAUCGUAAUUUCAUAACAAUGCUCGUUAAGAACUUUCGAUCCGAUCCAGAUAUAUUGGCGAUCCCCAACGAACUCUUCUAUGACAACUGCCUUCAGGCUUGUGCGGACCCAGAUCCUCUGAGCCGUCGCAGCAUCCUGGGGUAUGGUGCAGAACGAGCUGUGGUGUUCCACACAGUACACUCAAGGGAACAAAGGAUAGGCAACGCACCCAGUUACUUCAAUGAAAAAGAAUUGGAGAUGCUGAAGAGAUACACCACAGCUUUGAUUCAAAAUCACAGUGUGUCUGGCAAAGACAUUGGAAUUAUAGCACCUUAUAUAAGACAGGUAUACAAAAUUAAAGGUUGGCUGACAAGUAUGAACUACACGGAUAUUGAAGUGGGAUCCGUUGAAUCGUUCCAAGGAAAGGAGAAGCGAGUGAUCUUAGUGUCCACAGUACGAGCUAACUGUAGGCUGCUGGACUUUGACGCCAAGUACAAUCUGGGCUUCCUGGCUGAAGACAAGCGGUACAACGUAACCCUUACGCGAGCUAAAGCCAAGAUUGUUAUAAUCGGGAAUUCGACUUGUUUGAAGCGCGACGAAAAAUGGAGGAAGUACAUGUCCUUGUGUCAAGAGUAUGACACGUACUACGGCCGUGAGAACGAACAGAUAACGAGGGAUUCACGGUUACUGAUAGAAGUGGCCAAGACUAGGUUCCAGAGGUGCCGUCUACUCGAUGAAAUGAAAAAAAUAGGAAACGAAAAGGAAAAGAAAAAGGAACCGAAGUUCCGUAAUGGAUUUCUAUAA